AUGACUUCUGCAAAUGUAGCCAAACCGCUGCCCACGGAUGUGGAAAAGAGCCAUCUCCUUCGCGAGAUCGCACUUCGUCCAUCGAUCUGGGACACCCGCAUCAACUACGCCCACCGCCGGCCGAAAAUCGUCUCCAACUGGAAGGAGGUGUCCAAGGCGCUAGGAUUGAGCAUGGAAGAGUGCAAGCGGCGUUGGCAGAUUCUGCGGAGCAACUAUCGCUUCGAGGUGCAACAAGGCGAUGCCUGGCGCUGGCGUCCUACCGUGGAGAUGGAGUUCAUGCGCGAUGUCUUCUUGCCACGCAAGCCCAGGGCUCCUGGCCAGAGGCAGAAGCGUGGCCAAGGGAAGAAACCCCAGCGAAACCCACGUCCGCAGUACAAUCUCGAGGCGGCGCUCUAUAACCCGUCGUUCACUAAAUGUUCUGCUAAUGUAGCCAAACCGCUGCCCACGGAUGUGGAAAAAAGCCAUCUCCUUCGCGAGAUCGCACUUCGUCCAGCGAUCUGGGACACCCGCAUCAACUACGCCCACCGCCGGCCGAAAAUCGUCUCCAACUGGAAGGAGGUGUCCAAGGCGCUAGGAUUGAGCAUGGAAGAGUGCAAGCGGCGUUGGCAGAUUCUGCGGAGCAACUAUCGCUUCGAGGUGCAACAAGGCGAUGCCUGGCGCUGGCGUCCUACCGUGGAGAUGGAGUUCAUGCGCGACGUCUUCUUGCCACGCAAGCCCAGGGCUCCUGGCCAGAGGCAGAAGCGUGGCCAGGUGAAGAAACACCAGCGAAACCCACGUCCGCAUUACAAUCUCCAGGCGGCGCUCUAUCAACCGUCGUUCACCAAGGGUGGCAUCGAAUUUGAGGCGGAGGAGAGGCUCUUCCUGGUCGAAGAGAAGCCGGCAGUGGGACUGGAUAUGGACGAGGAGGCGGCCAGGCUGAUGGGCACAGAUAAAUGGUUGUGGAACACCAACCUGGACCUAAUACUGACACUAGGUAGGGCUCCCCUGCCCAUUUAUCCAGCCCCACCCCCACCCAUGUAUGGCGAAUCCAACGAAUCGAACCACAACUUCCUGGUCAGCAUGGUGCCCAUGCUCCGAUCCCUGAGCGAUCGCUCCAAGAAGCGUUUUCGCAUGUGGACACGGCGUGUGCUGCGCCAGCUGAUGAUCGCGGAGAAAAAGCUACCGACAUGA